AUAGUACCAGUACCGCGGUGCCUUCCUACAGUGACCGGUGCGGAGAAAAUGCUGCUUGGAGUUCUCUCUCUAGUUGUCCUCACGGAGCUAAGCACCAUGACUUUUUGUAUUGAAAUUGUCAGCGGACCGCUAACUGUGUCAAAUGCCUUGCUUGGAGAUAUUGCACGUUUUGAGUGCGUACUAAGCAGUGAAGAUCUUACACCUCGAUGGAACAUUAUGGAACCGAUUUCACGGUUUCAUCUCUUCCACCUGGUUUUUCAGUUUGAGAGUCAUUCCACCUUGAAAGUGUUAAUUGUGAACCCAGUGAAGCAAGAGUUAAACAAUACCUGUUUCUACUGCUUUCUUCUCCUUAUUAAUGCUCGUGCAGAAAGCCCACCAGCUAAACUCAUUAUUCAACCACCCUUGGCCACUCGCAGCUUCUCUAGUAGCAGUCGACAACCACAGGCCACCUCCAGCUUGCAGCUGAUGCCCACACUUGGCUACUCCAGUAGCAGUACCUGGCAGUCCAUUGUCACUCACAGCUAUUCUGAUACUAGUUUGAUAGGUUCUACUGUUACUGCUGAAUCUCCAGCAACACUACCACCAAUAUUGACUCCUGCUGUAUCGAUGAUCACCACUACCAAAACUGAAUCCUCAACACAGCUAUUAAUUGGAGUUUACUCAGCAGUGCCUACUGUAUUACUUAUAUCAGCCUUAAAUGUUGCUGUCAUUGGCUACUUGAUCCACUGUCGACAUAAAAGAAAGAAAGGUGUAAAGCAACAGGAAAGAGUGCAUGUGUACGAAGACGUGGAUGCUACUAUACCUGCAAGUCCAACUGAUGUAAAGCAACAGGAAAGAGUGCAUGUGUACGAAGACGUGGAUGCUACUAUACCUGCAAGUCCAACUGAUGUAAAGCAAAAUCCAGCAUAUUCAACUACAUUUGAAGUUAAAGAAAACCCUGCUUAUAUUACUACUACAAUGUUCACACUCACUGCUACUAAAACUGACAUUGUAUAAAAUGUGAGAAAACAAUAAUUAUGUUCCA